AUGGAUAGUUCAGGUUUGGGAGGUGGUUUUUUGUCUGGUCCCAGUGGGGGGAUACUAGACCUUGAAUCGUCCAUUCCUAGGCGCCAAGAGAUACAAUUGGGUCAAUCGUUGUUAGCACAUCAUCAACAUCACCUGAAUGUGAUGAGUGGCGUUAAAGGUGAUCAUGAUCCCAUUGGGCUUGUGGAAGUGAAAGGGUCAAUCCCAAAAGUUUGUUCGACUACUGUCAAAGGGAAGGCAGUGGCACCUUUUAAUGCCAAUAAUGGUUACAAUUGA